AACCUUUUUUCCCCAUAAAAAAAAAUAAUGACACUUGGAAAUAAAAUUACAAAUGUUGCUCAUAGAUCUUUGAUUGUAGUAUUAGCUGGUAUUACAGUAUAUUCAUUUAUUGGAGCAGGCGUAAUUAUGAAUCGAAGAUUUAGUCAAAGUAAAGAAAAUGUUACGCGUCGAAAAUUGCAAGAGUUUUCUAGAGAAAAUUCCAAUAAUUUAACAACGGAUGAUAAGAAAUCGUGAUAUGAAAUUUGUUCUUUUAAUAAUAAGAAUGACUCUGCAAAGAAUCCAGCUACUUCAAUACUACGUA